GGGCUGCAGACGGGAUGCGAUAGCUUCAUAGUGAUGAGGACACGGGGGUGUCACCCCACGGCCACCCCAAAACCUCUCCUUGUCCCCAGGUGUCCCCAGGCUGUGUCAUCCGCUCUGUUUGCUGAAGCUGGGCUGAGAUGGCAGCGAGCCGGGCGCUGAGUGCCCUGCGCCUCCCGGCUGUGUCCCGGCUGCCCCUCACGGCCUGUGUCCGCAGCAACUCCAACCGCGCCGCCAUCUGCCACCUGCACCGGCAGCUCUACGGCCGCCGCUACCCCGUGCUGCUGGUCAGCACCGACGGCUCCACCGUGCGCCUGCGCUACAGCGAGCCCAAGAGGAUCCUCAUGCUGCCCCUGGACAGUAGCACGCUGCCCGAAGCCGAACGCAAGGCUCGUCUGCGCCGGCAGUUCCCCAGCAAGCCUAAGGCCAAGGAGGAAGAAACCUUCGAGGGCAUCGACCUGGACACCUACAAGAAGUUCUGGAAGAAGUGAAUCGCUGAAAGCAGAAAUGUAUAAACGGAUAAAUAAAUAUAUAUAAACAAA